GCGGCGCGCGUGCGCGGUCAGCGGCGGGGGGCGGCUGGGCGCGGGCACGGGGCCGGGGCCGGGGGGGAGCCGAGCGGGAGGGGCCGGGGGCAGCGGGGCCGCCAUGAGCGCUGCGCUCCCCCUGCGCACCCAGCCGCCCUCGGCCUGCGAGUGAAGCGAGGCGAGGCCGGGCCCCUUCCUCCCUCCUCCUCCUCCUCCUCCUCCUUUUUUUUCUCCGUCUCCUCCUCCCCGCCGCGCACCUCGGGGAGCCGCCGGUGCCGUCCCCGCCGCGGCCCGGAGAGGGAACUGAAGGAAAGUCAUCAUGGGAGCAUUUUUAGACAAGCCAAAGAUGGAGAAGCAUAAUGCCCAAGGGCAAGGGAAUGGGCUUCGUUACGGUCUGAGUAGUAUGCAAGGCUGGCGAGUUGAAAUGGAGGAUGCACAUACAGCUGUGAUUGGUUUGCCAAAUGGACUUGAUGGAUGGUCAUUUUUUGCUGUAUAUGACGGGCACGCUGGAUCCCAGGUUGCCAAGUACUGCUGUGAGCAUUUAUUAGAUCACAUCACAAGCAACCAGGAUUUUAAAGGGCCAGAUGGGCCCCCAUCUGUGGAAAGUGUAAAGAGCGGCAUCAGAACAGGUUUUCUGCAAAUUGAUGAACACAUGAGAGUCAUCUCCGAGAAGAAACAUGGCGCAGACAGAAGUGGGUCAACAGCUGUGGGUGUCAUGAUUUCUCCCCAACACACAUACUUCAUCAACUGUGGAGACUCGAGAGGUUUACUUUGUAGAAACAGGAAGGUUCACUUCUUCACACAGGAUCACAAACCGAGUAAUCCACUGGAGAAAGAGCGUAUACAGAACGCAGGUGGCUCUGUAAUGAUUCAGCGCGUGAAUGGUUCCCUCGCUGUUUCAAGGGCACUUGGAGACUUUGAUUACAAAUGUGUCCAUGGGAAAGGUCCUACCGAACAGCUAGUCUCACCCGAGCCUGAAGUUUAUGAAAUUGAGAGAUCAGAAGAAGAUGAUCAAUUCAUCAUACUGGCUUGCGAUGGUAUCUGGGAUGUUAUGGGAAAUGAAGAGCUGUGUGACUUUGUAAGAUCCAGACUUGAAGUCACUGAUGACCUUGAGAAAGUUUGCAAUGAGAUAGUUGACACCUGCUUGUACAAGGGAAGUCGAGACAACAUGAGUGUGAUAUUGAUCUGUUUUCCGAAUGCACCAAAGGUAUCACCAGAGGCGGUGAAAAGAGAGGCAGAGUUGGACAAGUACCUGGAAAGCAGAGUAGAAGAGAUCAUAAAGAAGCAGGGUGAAGGAGUACCAGACUUAGUCCAUGUGAUGCGUACGUUAGCAACUGAGAGCAUCCCAAACCUCCCGCCAGGGGGUGAAUUGGCAAGCAAGCGGAGUGUGAUUGAAGCUGUUUAUAACAGACUGAACCCCUACAGGAAUGAUGAUACUUCUGGAUUAUCCAGAAACUGCUGUAACUAUGGGCACUCCAGACUUUAAAGGGUUCCUUCUUUUUUCUUUAAGGAUUCUGCCUCAACUGAUGAUAUGUGGUAAAACUGCUCAUCUAGCUGUGGAGUUCAUGUUUCAUCCUUCAAAUGAAAGUGCAGCCCAACCUCAGUGACCCUUCUUAACAUCCAUCCUCAAUAUUAAUUAAAGAAGGGAAUAUGAUGUGUUGGUGAGAAUGACUACAGCAGAAAACUACAGCAGUACGACAUCUAGCCCAGGAACUGAUCUUUUUUGUAAAACAGACUUCUGUAAACGUGAUUUCAAACCAUAAUUCAUGUUGUAAAUCAGACUCCAGCAAUUUAUGUUGUAUGAUUUUGUUUUUGUAAAGUGCAAUUGUCUUUGUACAAAAUGCUCAUAUUUAAUUAUGAAUUGCUUUAAAUCACUAUAAAGGUUAGAAGAAAUGUUUGGCUUGUGUGAUGCAACAAUAUAUAUAUCCCUUUAAAUUCAUGUUGUGGUUUUGGAUUGCAAGGAGCAGCAGCCUAGCCAGCUAGGUGCUCAAGAGGUGCACAAAACUGUAAAGACAACUUCUCGUUUUAUAUGAAAGCUGAACUCGUGGGCAACUUGCCAGGAAUCAGUGUGUGAAUUUGCUCGGCAAAGGACGAACAGCGAAGAGUAGUGCACUUUCUUCAACAAACGUAUCACGUUUUCUUGGAGGCACUCCUGCUCUCACAUUGAGUUAAAGGGAGUUCCGAUUUUGACUUCAGUGGGAGUUGAAUCAUGCCCUAUUAAUAGUAUCGUGUUCAUACGCGUAUGAACCUUGGGAUUAGAAUGCCUUGAUUCUUUGCACCUCUUUUUUCAUUAACCCUUACCUGAAACUACUAAUCACUGAGCACGAACAGGCAGCUUUCUACAUUCAGUAGGAGUCUGCAGCAUUUUUACAAUACUGAUUGGCUGGGUCUGCUGCUGUUCCAAGUAAAAUACUCUGAAUUCCAUUUUAUCAAUAAAGCUUGGUUUAACAAACAAGAAAUUUAUCCAUAAAUGUGUAAUUCCUUUUUUCCUGCCUUUUGAAAUGUCAGUGCCAUUGUAAAUGAUAUUUUACAUGUGGAAGAAUAUUUUUAUUAAUUGGUAGCCCAUUUUUAAAAUGGGAAGAAUUUUAAUUACUGCCCAAGACAUAGCCAUAUGCUAGAGGAUGAAGUGGGAUUAAUGUUACCCUAUUUUUUACGAGUGUGGGUUUUUUUCAGGCUUUUUUUCUCCCCACUGAGGAUGUGCAUUGGUUUGAAUUUGCCUACUGUUUGAUAAAAAUACAUUUGUCAAAGCCUGACAAUCUUUAACGUUUUAUGGUGUGUGUUUUUAAUUGACCCACUUACUUAGAAUGAGAGACUAGUGGUUAAACAGUACUUGUGAUUUGAGAUGUAGCAUGUUGACAAUAUUUAACUGUUCGUUGUUUAAAAUUCUAAUUUAAAAUUUUAUAAGAUAAUAAACUAAUUUGAUUUAAGCCUAGCUUUCUCCCAUUGAACAUGCAAAAUUAAGUUUUCAAGUCAGUCGUGUUUGCAAAACUGCUGUUUUGUGCACCUUGUAUUGUCUUUUUGGUUGAGAAUAUUGUAUUUAAUAUGUAGUUUACUCAUUUAGUAGGCAGAUUCCCCAAAAGGAAAAUCAGUAAAACAAGUAGAUUGUAACAUUUACUGCGGUUAAACAGAAUCAAGACGUGGUGUAUAAUUACUUUUUGAUAGGAAAAUGUAGUUCAAUGCAUUUUGCUAUAUUUGUCUUUCCCUAACUUUGAAAUAUACAUAUUUGUAUAUAUAGCCUUAAAACUAAUGCAGAGUUAGGGAACACUGAACAGUGAAAAAGUAACUUAUAGUGUCUUGGAACUAAGUAUAGUAUAUACCAGCAAACUUUUCUUUUAUCCCUCUUGUCUAUGUGGGGUGCUUAAAACGUAACUUCAUUGUAUUCAGUUUGUAAUCUGUUCAAGCAUGAAUGAAGAAAACAUAAGCACUAUUUGUAUUUAUAAAUUUAUAGCAAUUUUUGCUUAAAGAACCAGUUCCUUACCUACCUAUGAAUAAAUGCUUAAAAUGUCUAAUUUUGUUGUAGAGUGCAAAACUAUAAUAAUGUUAAGUUAUAGCUUCACAGGCACCUAAUUAACAAGCGUAUUUAAUACAUGGCGUAUUAGUGCAAAAAGCUAAACUCAGUUUAGGACUAGGCGGAUAAAGUUCUGUCCUUUUUCGUAGAGACUAAAGUUUAGUUUUGGAAACUGCAAAACGUUGAACUGGACUGUGGAAACUUUGAGUUUAAAACUUUGAGAAUCAGAAGCAAAACUGUGGUGUGAAAAGCCAUACUUCGAACCAUAAUCACUUAAAGUGUCUCAGUGACAAAUGAUGUAUUUGAAGCCUCUUCCUAUGAGGUCUCCUAAAGGUUAGGAAGAAAAUAAUUCUGCUAUUGCUGCAGGUGCUGUAACGAGGUUUGAGGGUAGCAGAAGAAAGCCCGUUUCAGGCCUUUCUCCCUACCACCUACGUGCAGCAUUUUGAUGAGGUCAGAGCACUGAAUCUAUGAUGAAUGCACAAACACUGCCAUUUUAGAUACAGAGUUUGAUUAUGAAAUCUUAAAUAUAUAAAGCAUCCUAGAAAAGAGGCAAGCUGUACUUUUCACUGCUCUGAAAAGAAAAAGAAAAAGGCACUUUUGCACCUUUGUGCAUCUCCUUCUUGCACCAGAAACUUUUUUGUUAAUUGCUAAAAACAUUAGCACCUCAGGGGCAAGGCAGCAAUUUUUUUUUUGAAGUAUUGUGUGCUAUUUAUUUCCCUCAUGGAAAAACUAUUCCUGUGUGACAAAAAUGAAAAUUGUGUGAUGUUAAAAGAUGUAUUUUUAAAUACAUGUUCAACUAGGAUGGUCCCAAUCUGCUUGUUUUUUUAAGAGGAAAUGAUAUUUGUAAAGCUACUUCACUUCGUAUGCCAUGCGAUUUUGUUUUCCUUCUACAUUUGACAGCUUCACUGGCUUCAGUUUCUGUGAGUUUUGUUACAGUCAGAUUAAAUGUUUCACUGAUCAUUCUGGGAAAAUUACCUGUACUGCUUUAUAGACCACUGUUUCAAACAAUUCUCACUAAUUCAGCAUUGAAAUGUGCUCAAGACAGAGGCUUUCUAAAAACGUCCUAGAACCAGUGUUGGAUUAGCUAAACGGAAUUAUGUUAAGCAGGGUCCUAGACUUGCGAGGCCUUGUAAACCCGUUGUAUCGGCGGAGUCCUGGUACGUGUGGUGAGUCGUGGAGCUGGGGCCUUUCUGGUGGCUGCUCUUGCCUGGUCAGCAGGCGGCACUGCACGGGCCUUGAUGUGUGGCCAUCACUCAUUUUAAUCUUCCCUCAGAAGUCAGAAUCGGAGAGAGAAAUUUCAUCUACUUGUCAUGAAUCUGUGAUGAGUUGGGGUAAUCCUAGGUUGUCUCCUAGUAGCAAAAUGCCCGAAGAAUAUUAAGCAGCAGAUGAGUAAGGGUAGCACUGACCUUGGCAGUUCAUGCAGGUGCCAAAGCUAAUCAUUUUAACACCUCCUUAUGAUGCUGACUUGAAUGUCAAUUAAACUGUUUGUCAAAAAACUGAGACUGUCUCAGCUGUAUCGGUUAGAUCUGAGCCACAUUGCUUAGUUCAAGAAUUGGAUCAUCAGGAUUUGAACCAAAUUUGGGAACGGUUUUCACUGCAAUUCGUUCCCUGCUAAGAAUCUCAUCUUGACUUGUUACACUGGGGUAGCAUAGAUUUCCUAUUGCAUUUUCCUAAUUGUUUAUGAACUAAGGCUAUAGUUUUGUGGUCAGUUGAUAUCAAGACUGAACUAUCUAUCACUGUAAGUCUGCUCCCACUGCCCUUCUUGUGCCAGCAGUAGCGCUUCUGUGGCCAUGCAGCUAGGAGCAGAAAAGAAAAUCUGUACUCUCAGAUGGACAAAGUGAUAUUCCAGCUACCCAGUGCUAGCACAGGGCAGGGCAUGGGGUGAAGACAGGGCUAUGAGCGAAGGAAAGCUUGCACCACCUCUUCUACCACAGUCAAAGAAAUUGGACCCAAAGCACAGAUAAAUGAUGGGCCUGUGUAGGGAGUAUCAAAGCCUUUGCAGAUCUUUUUCCACACUGUACUUAAACAUUUUAGUUUAGUUAACGUUCUUUUUCUUAAAACUGGAAUCGUGAAACUUCGGUUUUAAUGUCUUGUAUGCGAGUUCCCUGCUGGCAGACUUGCUUUUUGUUGGCCGUCUCUGUGUUUGUAGCUCUGUCUUAAGAGAUAGUCAGCAUGGCUGUCACAAUUAGAUUAAUGACGUGGCUGUCAGAGUUUACCUUAUUUAAAUGUACAUCAGGAUUUCAUCAUGCCAAGGUGUUCACCUCCAUUUCUACAUGCACGUUCCUGAAUUGCUUUAUGCACAAAUGACUUGGGAUAUUUAAAUUUCUUGAUAUUUAAAGUUGGCCCUCUCUGAAACAGGCUAACCUUUAAUUAAAUGUUACCCUUUUCCUCCUCAUUUGGCAAACUGCAGGGUUUUUAAUGCAAACCUGAUGUAUCUUGCUUAGGUUAAGAACCAGCAAAGCCAUGUAGAGCUAUAUUUUACAGUUUUCUGUAGGAAAUGGAAUUGCUAUUCUGUGCCAAGCUUCUUGAGGUGUAAAAAUGCCUUCAAGAUAACUGGUAUAGCUCCUUGUUCCUACAGCUAUGUAUGAUCAUGACCCGAGCCUUCAUAUGCUAUCACAGGGUGUGAAGUCUCUACUUGGCUGAAUAGAUUUUUUAACUGUUUAUGUACAUCCUAUUUCCAGGAUGCUGUAGUGCAUAAAAUGCAUGUGAUUCCCAACGUGAGCCAAUAAAGCAGUGCAAAAAUGAAGAAAAGUUGAAAGGUACCAAUCUGGGCUGAGUAUUUUGGACCGAGCAGUCCACGAGUAUUGACCAGAGAAUCUGCUCUCAGCUGAGCUUUCCCUGAGCUGCCUCUGCAGAGGUCUUGCACAGUCUGCAGGUCUCAGGCAUGUGCCUUCUGAAGCUUCUUGUACCUUUAUUUUGCUUCAUAGAGUUGUUGCUUUGUAAAUGAGGUAGCGGUCAGCUGGGCUGCGACAUUUCAUCCCAGAAGCUCAAGAAGCUGUAGGAAAAUGUAAAGCGUUUCAUUACAGCCCUGGAUCGCUAAAAGCUUUCAAGUAGAAAAGAACACAGAGCAUGCUAAAAGUAGGGAUUACAUCACCUCCUGCUGAAAAACAGUUUCCAGGAAAAUCUACAAAUAUUUCUACGACUUACUUUUAGUACAUUAAAAAGUCUGGCGCUUUAAUCUGAUUGUGUCUUAGUUGUCGACCUACAGUGGGCUAGGUUUUAUGCCUAUUGCUUGUUUUAUCUAUGUUUUCAUUUGAUACUCCUGCAUAGCAUUGAAACAUUUUUCCCUGUUCUGUAGACACUUCUAUAAAAAAAAAAAAAAAAAGUCUGCUUGCAAGCUAAGAGACCAGGAGUGAUAAUGGUUUCUUAGGAAAAGGGUUAUAAGGGAAGACUGCUUUAAAUAAAACAGCAAAAAAUCAUAACCAGUUGCAACCACAAAGUUUGGAAAAGUGAGCUUAACUUAAAGAUUGCCUUUUAUAGAAGUAAUGAAAUAGUUCUACUCUGAAAGUAACAAAACUUCAGUAGGGAUGGGAUGAUAGGUCAGAUUUCUACAGCAUAUAUUGUUUUAACCUAGCCAGAUUUUCAUGUUUAACUCAUUGAUUCCUGCCCGAACACUUUUUAAAUUAUUACUAGGCAUCUGCUUUUUUUGUUGUUUAAAUUAAUAAAUAAAAAAAAAAAAAAGAAAGAAAGAAAAGAAACCCAAUGGUCCUUACUACUGCGUAACUAGUAAUUUGUUUGCAAGGGUGAGUGCUAUGUCAGAUAGCAGCAUUUUUCUUUAAGAGCACUACAUCUGUACUUCUCAGCUCACUCAAUAACAUUGAGCCAAAACUGAAAUUCAUUUUUGCUUCCAUUAACUGUAUGGCUCUGAAGAGCUGGUGGGAGCAUGUGGUUUUGUGCAGCUAAAGUAGACAGGACUUGAUACAUAUUGUGAGUAAGCCUUCAGAGUGAAGGAGAUGUCAUUGUUGUUUCUUUUGAGAAAUAUCUUUGUGAAGAAAAAUGAGAAAACUGAGACUGGCAGGUCAGAAAACAUUACAUCCUUUUACUUCUAUUGAUACCUGUAGACUGAGGUCUUCAGAGUUUAAUUUCACUUGUAUUACUGAAUUCAACUCAAUCUGAGCAGUGGAAACACGAGUAGCCAAUUUCAUUUUCACUAUUGGGAUUUCAGGCUGAAGCAUGGUAUUUUUGUUUGAACUGCAAAGGAAAACUGAAUUAAGAUGAUCUUGGGAAAAUCAGGCAUACACUUCACAGCCUGCUGAUGUGGAUGGAGCAUCACUCGCAAUAUAUAAAGUUUGCACAAGUAUUGUUGGAGCUUUAACUGCCCUACUUCUGUUGUAAUUAAAGAGAAAUAUAAUCUUUAUUCUGUUUUGGUUUUGAAAAAGCUUUUCAAAGCCAAAGAGGAAGAAGGGGCAAUCUUAAAGUAAAAUGGUAGGUAAAUUGGAUGUAACAAUGUUCUAAUUCUUUGAAGGUGUAAGUCAACAGCUAAAACAUCAGAGGGGCAUGAUUUAAGAGGUUCAGUCUUUCAUGUAGUGCUUUUGGCUAUAAAAAAACAGAUAAAAGGAUGGAACCCAAAAUGAGUCACCUGGAUGGGAAAGCAAUGAAGCCCAAAACCUCUAGGAAUACAUGUUGUGAAUACACAUGGCAUUGCUCCCAUGUCCAGUAGUGGGCCUACCGGCAUUUUUAGGGGAGCUUUUAUUCUUACUGAGUGGUUGAUGCUAGACUCAAGUCUGCUGCAGGUUGAAAUUUCCAGACGUGUACAUUGGAAGCUGGGUGUUAUGAAAUAGUCCCCCCACGUGGGAUGCUGCAGUGCCUGUUACCACUGCUCUGCUGGUUCAGGCUGUGUAGGCACUCGGAUGCUGGCAGCUGGGUUUCCCUAGCAUACAUUUAAUCGUGUGCUAUAUGUGGUGGUGUGACUCACAAUGACCUUGAGUACCAAGAGUUGAGUUGUGUUUAUUAACUGGAUCUAACUCUUUGGUGCCAGGAAUCUAGUUUUUAGAGGAAGUGCUGAAUUACGCAAAUGUUCGUGGCGAAUCGUGCCGGGUAGAUCACUGCUCACGAAAAAGAAUGGCUUUGGGUAAUACAAGACACAAGCCAGGGAAUAUGGGAUAUUUGAGAAGUGCGGAGUCGAGUAUGAUUUCCAGAACCGGCUGCUUUAUAAACAUUUCAAAGCAGGGAUUUGGGGUUUUAGCAUCUGUCUUGUUCCUAAGGCUCUGUACAAACAUGCUGAAUUAGAGAGUUUUCACCUGUCUUCUCACCGGAUUGACUCCACAUCGUCUCAUAAAAGAGUCUCGUUUGUAGUGACAUGCUGUGCCUGUCUUUUUAGAAAAUUCAUGACUUCUUUAUAUCUAUUUUGUGGAAAGUGUAACUUUUUCACUGAUGACUUGUAUAAAUGUGUGUUACGAAUGGAGAGAUUCAAGCUUGAAAAGCAUGUUUGCAGCCUCGUUAUGGAAUUUAUAAAUUUAACAGAGUAAUAUACAAGAGCAUAACUAUUUUCCUUAAGUAGAAUGUAUAACAAUAUAUAAUAAUAAAUUAUUCUCCACGUAGUUCACCCACUAUUUACAGUUUUACACAAUUCAAACUGUGUGUUUACAGAAAGUUCAAUAAAUGUAUAUUUUGUACUAUGUACAGAUUCCUGGUCCCAAAGAAAAUGUGUGAACUUAGUUUCUAACUUAACUUUUGAGAUUGUAUUUUUUUUUUCUUUUUGAAUCAGUUGAACAAACUGCGUUAUGCCUGUUGAUGGUGGAGGCUUGCAUUGGAGUAAAUGGGAAUUGGAAAUAUUUCUAAUCUACGAAAGUGAUUCCACUAAAUAAAACGGGCAAUUACA